AUGACAAUUUUGACUACAACGCGAUUGAUUCAUCUUUCUACCACUUCGCCACACCUCUCCCAAUCAUGGUAUUUCAUCGCUGCUGCAACUCUGACAGUGUGCAAUCAGCCACAAGAGCUUCCCCUUCUAUAUCAUUACGCCAUGCAGACUCAAGGACUGAGCAAACCAAGAAAUGAGGCCACAGCGGACAAAGCCAUUCAAGUCUGCACCAAGUUUGCAGAUGCAGUAUCGAGGGGAGAACAGGUGCCCGAGAAUGAGUACUCCCAGGAGUACCAAGCUAAACUAAGGGUGGUGGGAACCAAGAUGCGGGAAGCCAUAUUAAAGACUGCAGCUCUCAGUGGACUUCCAAAGUGCAUCAACUCGCUCAUGACACUCAAAGAAACCACUCCGAAAUCUUUGAGGGACCUGAAGGAAAAUAGAAAGAGAAUCACCAAUUGGGACGAGUACCUGUUGGAGAAACAACGAGGAAUCAAAUUCUGGGAAAAGGUUUAUGGCAAAAUUUCAAAUCGAGUAAUUAAGCAAAUGUCCACGGCAUAUCCUGAUUUGUGGUCGUAUACGAUCGAAAAUGUUUAUUCUCCUUUACUAAGUUUCACUGGCUGUAUGAGUGCAGAAGAGUCGAGUCUGGUUGUGAUAUCCUGUUUAAUACCGCAGGAUGUGAAUCCCCAGCUAAAAGGUCAUCUUAAAGGUGCUUUGAACAAUGGAUGUACUCUUGAAGAGGUCCGAGAUGCUAGACAGUUAGCAAUGGAAAUAUCCUCCUGGUGUGGGAUUACCUGGAAGUCGGAGGUUGCUAAGCUAUGA